UCUAAGAAGCGAAAAUGGAGAAGACUUUCAUCAUGAUCAAGCCUGAUGGUGUCCAACGUGGCCUGGUUGGUGAGAUAAUUGGAAGAUUUGAGAAGAAAGGAUUCUCUUUGAAAGGCUUGAAGCUCAUCACCGUGGAUCGUGCCUUUGUUGAAAAGCAUUACUCAGACUUGUAUGCUAAGCCUUUCUUUAAUGUGCUUGUUGAUUAUAUUAUCUCUGGCCCCGUUGUUGCAAUGGUCUGGGAAGGUAGGGGUGUAGUUAUCACUGGUAGGAAGAUCAUUGGAGCAACAAACCCAUUGGAGUCUUCUCCCGGUACCAUCCGUGGUGAUUAUGCUAUUGAUAUUGGCAGUAACGCUAUUCAUGGAAGUGAUGCAGUUGAGAGUGCAAGGAAGGAAAUUCCUCUUUAGUUCCCCGAAGGAGUUGCAGAGUGGCAGAGCAGCCUUCACUCUUGGAUCUAUGAGUAGAAA